GGCUCCGGCACCACCCGCAGCUCCUCGCUCCCAGUACGGUCUCUCCGCCGAUCACGGGGCGGCACAAGGGGCGCUGUGAGCCCGGCGCGGCCCCCUUAAGAGCGGUGCCGCCAUGAUUUGCCUGGUGUUGGGCCUCUUCGCCGGCCUUUUCCACAGCGGCUGCAGCGGGAUCAACGAGCGCACGUUCGUGGCCAUCAAACCGGACGGGGUGCAGCGGCACCUGGUCGGGGAGAUCAUCCGGCGGUUCGAGAGGAAGGGGCUGCAGCUGGUGGGGAUGAAGCUCCUGCAGGCCUCAGAGGAGCUGCUGAAGGAGCACUACAUAGCCCACCGUGACCAACCCUUCUACAGCCGGCUGGUGAAGUACAUGAGCUCUGGGCCCAUUGUAGCCAUGGUCUGGCAGGGCCUGGAUGUGGUCAAGACCGUUCGCACGAUGAUUGGGGAGACUAACCCAGCUGAUUCCAGGCCUGGCACCAUCCGAGGAGACUUCUGCCUUGAAGUCAGCAAGAAUGUGAUCCAUGGCAGCGACUCAGUUGAGAGUGCCAGGCAGGAGAUCUCCUUGUGGUUCCAGCCGGAGGAGCUGACCUGCUGGCAGAACACAGCCGAGCACUGGAUCUAUGAGUGAGAAGUGCAUGCCGAGGAAUUACAUCUUCCUGACUGGGCAUGGAGUGUUCCCAUCCAUGUCACCUCAGCUGCUUGAGCUGGUUGUGGAUCCUGCUGUGGGAGUUGUGCUGUGUGUGGCUGGAGGGGUCCUGGGAGCUGCUUUCUGGAUGAAAACUCUGGUUCAGCUCCUUGCAA